AUGUCAGAUUGGCGACAGAGUGCUCAGACGUCUGGAGUGCAUACAACUCCUGCCGGUUUAAGAGUAAAAAAAUUACUUUGUGCUCAAGCAACACAGUUAUUUAGCGAGGAAGAUCCGGAUCCUCAAGAAAACGUUGGAGAUUUGAUUUUAGAUGCAUUUAAAUCCAAUCCAAAUUUUAUCGGACAGGUGAAUGCGGAGACGGGAGAACAGCUUACAUUUCAACAAAUGAGAAAGAAUAGUGUGAAAUGUGCAUUAUGGCUAAAAGGAAAAGGUAUAAAAAAAGGUGAUGUAGUAGCAAUAUGCACACGCAAUUCAUCAGCCGUUUAUGCGCCGUUUUUAGCGAGCAUAUAUAUCGGCGCUAUUGUAAAUCCGUGGGAGGAAAAGUAUUUCGCAAAUAAUGUACGAGUCAUGUACUUCUUGGUAAAAAAUGAACCAGAUCUAAUUUUCAUUGAUUAUGACCACUUUAUUGAGCUUCUUUUAGCCAUAACAAUUUUAAAACAUAUUAAAAAAGUAAUUAAAGUAGUAACCAUUGGUAAGGUUGAAUCUUCAAUCUUCACAUUUAACAAUCUGGAAACUAUUCUGAAUGACGACUUUGAUAAGACUGAAAUUGACAUGUUUUCCUGCGAGAAAAAUGAUAUAAGGGAUAUCGCAAUAAGAACAUUUUGUUCUUCUGCAACGGAUUACAGUAAAGAUAGCGUAGAAAUUCCUUACAUAUCGUUCGUAUCCCCGUCAAACAAACAGACACCUGUUAUGUCUCCCGGUAAAAUUGGCCUAUGGUACGGAUCUUUAUGUUGGACUCACGGUUCGCUUUUGACCGUUCACGCUAUACUUUCACAUGUAACAGCGAUAAAAUCUGUAGUACAAACCAUGGAAAAUUUUGUAAAGGUCAUAAACAAGUAUAAGGAAUCCAACAAAAAAGUGGACGUAUUGUGUGGAGAAGAAGAAUUACUUCACAACGUAAAUAUUGGAAAUACGAUUUUGAGCGCAUUUAAAUCUAAGCCGGAGUUUAUCGGUCAGAUAGAUGCAGUUACGGAAGAACAAACCACAUACCAGCAGAUGAGGGAAAACAGCGUGAAAUGUGCAUUGUGGUUACAACAAUUACAAUGUAAAAAUACCAUAAUAACAAUAUGCACACGUCAUAAAACGCUCGAAUAUAUACCAUUUUUAGCGAGUUUAUAUGUCGGUGCUACUGUCAAUACGUGGAAUGAAAAGUACAUGGACGAUAGAAUACGUAUUAUGUACUUUCUGACGGAGUAUGUACCAAGUAUUAUCUUUAUCGAUAGUGAAAAUUACAACCAAUUUAAGUCAGUUAUUAAUUUUGUAAAUUUUGAUAAAAGAACCAUAAAACCUCCAAAAAUCAUAACUUUUGGUAAAAUUAAAGGCGUUGAUUCUCUGGAAUCAAUUCUGAACGACGUUUACGAUAAGAUCAAAAUCGAUGAAUUUUCCUGCGUGAAAAUGAGACCAAUGGAUACUGUAGCGAUAACGUUUUCUCCCAGUGCAACAAGUUAUCCUGAUAGUAAAGUGUACCUUCGUUGCUUUGCAUUUAUAUAUCCAUCAAACCAGGAGGUACCUGUAAUGAAUUCCGGUGACAUUGGUCUAUGGUAUGGAUCUUUAAAUUGGAGUUAUAGUGUGAUCUUGACCGUUCGUAGUAUAAUUUCGUACGUAACAGUGGUCAAAUGUCCACAAUUUAGUGAUGAAAAUUUGUACGAAACGAUAGAGAAGUACAAGGUAAGUGAUAUAGAAUCGAAAGAAAUAGUUCGUUCAAACAAAUCAGGCACGAUCUGGUUCAAGUUCAUAUAUAAGUGGUGCUCUCCUCAGACGUGCAAAAUGCAAAAUUGUUGCAACUAUAAAGCAAAAAAAGAUACUAUCGGCAAGAAUACAUAUACGUAUUAUAAUAACAAAUGGUGUUGUACUGGAGAUUAUGGCUACUAUGAAAAAGAUGGCGAAAUCUAUAUCAUCGAUAAAAUAAAGGACCUUAUUAAAUAUAGGAUAUACUAUCUCUCAUCCACAAAAAUUGAGAAUACGUUACUACAACAUCCAGCAGUGUCAGAAGUCGUUGUACGAUCUGUGCCACAUAGAAUUAAUGGUCAACAUCCUGUGGCUUAUGUUAAAACAAAAUUUGAAACAGAGGUAACGGAAGUGGAAUUGAUACAAUUUGUAGCGAACAAUUUGCCUGAUAUCUACAAACUGCGUGGAGGCGUGCACUUCAAGAGACGUAUGCCAUAUCUUCCCAAUGGAAAAAUCGAUCGAAUGUUAGUUGCCAGCAUAUAG